AUGGACGAAAACUACGACGUUAUAGUGUUGGGUACCGGUCUCACGGAAUGCAUUUUAUCUGGUCUUCUCUCCAUUGAAGGGAAGAAGGUGUUGCAUAUUGAUCGCCAAGAGUAUUACGGUGGUGAAAGCGCAUCUCUUAACCUGACUCAGCUCUAUCAUAAAUUCAAGCCAAAGAAGGAGUACGAGGGCCAGUUUGGUAAGGAUCGGGACUGGUGUGUUGACUUGAUUCCAAAAUUCUUGAUGUCCAAUGGGGAAUUGACCAACAUCUUGGUCCACACCGACGUUACCAGAUAUAUGGAGUUCAAACAGGUUUCAGGUUCUUUUGUCUACAGAGGAGGUAACAUUGCAAAGGUCCCGGCAACCCAAAUGGAGGCAGUUUCCUCUCCAUUGAUGGGGUUCUUUGAAAAGAGAAGAAUGAAGAACUUUUUGGAAUUCAUUGCAAACUACAAGGAGGACGAACCUUCCACUCACCAUGGAAUCAACUUGGAUAAAAAUACCAUGGAAGAAGUUUACUAUAAGUACGGCUUGGAGAGGGGUACCAAGGAUUUCAUUGGUCAUGCCAUGGCUCUACAUACAAAUGAUGAUUACUUGACCCAACCUGCCAGAGAUACCUACAACAGAAUCAUCCUCUAUGUCUCAUCUGUUGCUCGAUAUGGUAAGUCUCCAUACAUCUAUCCAUUGUAUGGUCUAGGUGAACUUCCUCAAGGUUUUGCUAGACUUUCGGCCAUCUACGGUGGCACCUUUAUGUUGGACACUCCAAUUGACGAGAUCUUGUACGACGAUAAUGGUAAAUUUGAAGGUGUCAAGACGAAGGAAGGUACAGCAAAGGCUCCAAUUGUUAUUGCAGAUCCAACUUACUUCCCUGAAAAGGUGAAAUCAACUGGCCAAAAAGUCAUUAGGGCAAUGUGUAUCCUAGACCACCCAGUUCCAAAUACCAAUGAUGCAGAUUCUGCCCAGAUCAUCAUCCCACAAAACCAAGUCAACCGUAAGAACGAUAUUUACAUUGCAGUCUUAUCCAGUGCUCAUAAUGUCUGUGCAAAGGGGUACUACUUGGCAAUUAUAUCUACCAUUAUAGAGACAGACAAGCCUCAUUUAGAGUUGGAACCAGCAUUUAAAAUUAUCGGAGAGACCAAGGAUGUCUUGAUGGGUAUUGCAGACCUAUACGAGCCCUUAGGUGAUGGAUCUGUUGAUAGGGUAUACCUAUCUAAAUCCUAUGAUCCUUCUUCUCAUUUUGAGUCCACAACAGACGACGUUAAGGAUAUUUACAAGAGAGUGAUGGGACACGACCUCGUCUUAAAGCAAAGAAAAACAGUAGAGGAGGAGGCAGAACUAGCAGGCUUGGAUUAA